GCCAGUGGCCGGUUCUGCCGCUGGAGCAUGCAAUGAUCGCCGGGGAGGCCGCCCAGUGUGCACUGCACAUGACGGGACUGAGUCAUUACACAUGCUACUGUGGGUGUGCACGGUAGGAAGAGCAAGUGGAUCAGGGAUCAAGCCGCCAUCGAAAGACCCCAUCUCAUGAUCCCGUCCCGGCAUUGUACCAGGACAUGAGCUGAAAUUUAUAUCAGCCCCCUAUAGAGAUUAUACAAUCAUAUCAUCAGUUGAGAUUAGGGACCGGCGGAUUAUGCCGGCAGACAAUUUGGCAGAAUUCGGUACUUUUUCUGGUAAGUUUCAUGCAUGUUUGGUAUGUGGAUAAAGAAAUGGAGCAGAAUUCGAGGAAUUGCCCACCAUAAGGUUUGUAUGGUGUCUUCCAAUUUCACUGCUUUUCGAGCAGAAUCCGCCGUUACUUAGUUGAGAUGCUUCGGCGAAGUUGCGGCGAAGUGCUGCACUUGCACUAGUGAGUCACACUGCAUACUUUAAAAACGCCCAUUCGAAACACUGCUGACUCAUGCUUGUAUGUGUUGUGUCCGUUUGAAAAUCCCGAUGAAAUCACUCGCAUAGCCUCUAUACACAGAGUCUCAGUCACGAUCGAGGGUCGUUACAAUGUACAGUCAACUUCGCUUAUAACGACGCUUGGCGGGGCAUCAGAAAAGUGUCGUUAUACCCGAAGUCUCAUUUGAAUGUGUCACAGUUGGAUGGGACUUUGCUCUGGCAAUGAAAAUUCUGUCGUUAUUCGCGAAUUGUCGUUAUAUCCGCAGUCGUUAUUAGCCAAGUUGACUGUGCUAGUAUUCGCAAGGUUGACUGUGGUCAAUAUGGGAGACGAGGCCGGUGAGGAAAGUCGUUGUGACCUUCGAUCCAUCUGAGGACUUGGCACAGACAGUACUGCUUCUUCCGUCUUCACUCUUCAGCACUCCGGUAGUAAGUAAUAUUAUUAGUUGAACAUGCAUCACUAGUCACUGUGAGUGGCCUCCGCUUAGGUGUAACUAUACUUACUGACCUUGUUACUUCUUCGUUGUGUUGUCCAACGCCAACAAAGACUAAAGCUCCGACUCGACUCCACCCAGCAAGUAAGCUAGUUCUGAUGUCAACGGCCCGCGGAUGCACGCAAUCAGCUUGUCAGUGUCAGUACCAUCACCGUCACUAUGCACGACUGACUGAUAUAGAUCGUGACAACUGGACUGUUUAUUAGUUUGCCCUAGUCCAAUUUUACUUUAUUGUUGUGUCCGAGUGUGAUCUCGGUGUCUACUACUCUUCAAAACAAGACUUGGCAACUGUUUGGCAUCCCCACUCGCUAUCGGAGCGUGGAGAGAGGCAAUUGGCGUUGAACAUGGAGCCGAAGAGCUUUGUGGUGUGUCUGGCCCUGCUUGCCGGGGUGCUGUGGACGCCAGCAGCGAGUCAAAGUCGCAAGAAGAACGUGCUGUACAUCGUCGUGGAUGAUCUUCGUCCUGACCUGGAGCCCUAUGGUCAGGGUUACGUGCAUACUCCCAACAUCGCCGCGCUGGCAAACAAAUCACUCAUCUUCGACCGCGCCUAUUGCCAGUUUGCGUUCUGCGCUCCGAGCAGAAACUCAUUCAUGACGGGGCGCAGGCCCGACGCUACGGAGUGCUGGAACUUCAUCGACAAUUUCAGGGAGACGACUGGGCAGAACUGGAUUUCCAUGCCCGAGUACUUCAAACACAACGGGUAUUUCUCCAGCGGUGUUGGAAAGCUCUACCAUCCCGAUCUGCCUCCGAAUGGCGAUCCGCCAAGCUGGUCGGACGUAGCUGAUUACCCCUAUGAUAACCCUAAACCACUGCACUGUCCAAACAACACAGCAUGGUGCAGUUUAGACCCGAAAACGUACAAUUUUUCCGACAUUGAAACACUGGAUGAAGGCCUACGCAGAAUGCGCUAUGCCGCCAAGAAUCUCUCGCAGCCAUUCUUUCUGGGAGUUGGUUUUCACAAACCGCACUUGCCGUUCCGCUCCCCGACAGGUUUCAUUGAGAUGUAUCCGCCAGCGGAGAACAUAAGUGUAGCACAGGACAAAGCGUUCCCCAAAGGCGCUCCCACCAUUGCAUGGAACAACUGCCUUGCAGGAGGACAUAGAUACCAGGAUGUAACACAAGCCCGCGAUUAUCUACUCCCAAUGGAGGAUGAUGAAGCACGGCGUCUUCGGCGUGGAUACUACGCCGCAAUAAGCUUCACUGACUCGCUGGUCGGUAAGCUGUUGGCCGAGCUGAAGGAACUUGGUUUGGAAGAGAAUACCAUUGUGUCGUUUCAUGCUGAUCAUGGCUGGCAGCUUGGAGAACACAACAUGUGGUGCAAGAUGUCCAACUUUGAGCUGGGCGUGAGAGUACCAUGGAUGGUGCAUGUGCCCGACGUUGAGCGAUGUUCGGGCACGCACACAACUGCACUGGCAGAGCUAGUUGAUGUGUACCCAACACUUGCUGAACUAGCUGGUCUUCCUGCACCAAGCAAUGUUGACGGUAACAGUCAAGCGCCGGUCUUUAAAUCCGACUCUCCCGGCGUGAAGAACGCGUCCUUUUCCCAAUUUCCCAAGUGUGGAAAAAAGAUGACCGACCUUGGCACUUGCGUGCAAGUGGACAAGCACAAGAUCGACUUCAUGGGGUACAGCAUUCGCACAGACAAGUACAGAUACACAGAAUGGUUUCGCUGGAAUGGAACAGCGCUCAGAGCAGAGCUGUCAGAGACCGUUGCCAAAGAACUCUAUGACCACAAUGACGACACCGGGGCAAACUUCAACACAUAUGAAAACGAAAACAUUGUAACACAGCAGGCGGAGAUUGCCAGCCAGCUAAGCACCCAGCUGAAGGACUUCAUACGGAGCCAGUACAGCGGCAGCGAUUAGUUACAGCUUCCGGCAAUGCAAUGCACGUAUUAUGUGUAGCACAGGCUGAAUAUUGCUGGUUGGACUCCGGUGUGCGUCUUACUGCACGUGGACUUGUUUCCCUGCACUGCAUAGUAACUUAAUUUUACAGUUCGGGUCAGACUCGGCUAGAGGCCGAGUUUUCCGCAUCCCGGUAGGUACUGGGAACGCCACCACCCUUCAAGGAUCAAGGCGCAGAUGCGGCUUCUAAAGCGGGAAGGCACUGCAUAGUAAGGCUGUGUAUUUUAGAUCAUGAUCCAACUGUAUCUGUCAUGUUCAAGUCUGCCAUGUCAAAAUCUAUUUAUUUUAUCUUGGCACCUCGUAAGAAUGAAUGAAUGAAUUAUUUACAGUAAAAUAUGUUUCUCGGAUUCACAUCGCCUGUUCAUUGAUUGCAUCCCAGUUGUGAUUUAUAUCAUUAUAGUCACGGGACUGUUGUCUGGGUCGCAGGCAAAUUUGGUUGCCCUGUUUGCGAUAUGAAUACGCACAAUAUUUUAUUGAUUGCUAAAACAGUCGCUGCUCUACCGAUUGGCAUUGUA